AUGUUGAGGAAAUUUAAUCCGAAAGUUGUGGCGUUGGCAGAGCAUUUUCAAACGGAAGAAGUAAUGAGGAAGUUGGUGUGGGAUUUUCAUUUUGCGGAUGGAAUUUCAAACAGUGCGGAAGGAGGUAAAUUAUGGCUGUUAUGGACCCAGGGAAUUGGCUGUCAAGUGAUUGCAAAAUCUAACCAACAUAUCACAGUAGUAAUUGAGGAAAACAAUAGGAGGAUGAGGCUCUCCGUGGUGUACGCCAAGUGUUUGACACAAGAGAGAAGGCAGCUUUGGCAAGAAAUAAGUGACAUCCCAAGCCCUGCAGAUGAUUGGGUGGUGGUGGGAGAUUUUAACAUAAUACGGUCAGAUGCGGAAAAAAGAGGGGGACGUCCCAGAUCAGCAGCGGCGAUGGAAGAGUUUAAUCAUUUCAUUAAUCUCGGUGGGUUGCAGGAGAUGACGUUCAUGGGGGAGCCUUUUUCUUGGUGUAAUGGGCAUGCCAGUUUAACGAGAAGCUGGGCGAGGUUGGACAGGAUCUUGAUGAAUAAUUCAUGCGCUACCAACUACCCAUCCGCAUGCAUGGAAUACCUCUCACGCUCAUCAUCAGAUCAUGCACCAAUGGUAAUGUGGCUUGAUAAACCGUCGACACGAUACGACCCAUCGCCAUUCAAAUUCCAGGAAAUGUGGACGAGACAUGAGGAUUUCUUAAAUUGUGUCAAAACGGUAUGGAAGGAAGAAGCAAUGGGGAAUGGGCUGUGGAAGUUGGCAUGCAAACUAAAAGAGCUGAGGGUGGCGCUCAAAAAAUGGAAUGUAAAUGUCUUUGGUUGGACACACACACAUAUCGACCAGUUGGAAAAGGAGAUAGUCGAUUUGGACUCCAUACUUCAAGUGGAGAGCUCUGAGGAGGUUGAUUCGGCUUUGUUGGUAGCUAAACUGGAGCUGGCAGAGUGGACACGUAGAGAGGAAGUGAGAUUGUCACAGAUUGCAAAGCAACGUUGGGUUGAGGUAGGGGAUGUUAAUGCUCAUUUUUUUUGUAGUCUGAAAAACAAAGGUAGUAAAUGGAUCCGAGAUAUGACUCUAGAGGACGGACGUCGGAUUUGUUCUCCAGAAGCAGUACAUGAAGAAGCGGUGAAUAAUUUUUUUGCAUUCAUGGGAGGUAGAAAUUGUAGGCCUUGUCCGGAUUUGUCACCAUGGAUAAAAAAAGAAAUUUCAGAGCAGGAAAAUAGCAGUCUGUGUGCGCUCCCUUCAAUCCAAGAUAUCAAGGAGACAGUAUUUUCUAUUCCAGUAGAUAGCUCACCUGGUCCGGAUGGUUUUACGUCGGGUUUUUAUAAAAUUUCUUGGUGGUUAAUAGAGGGGAUGUGGUGGAAGCAGUGUGGGAUUUUUUCAGAGGGAGUGAAUUACCUAGGUUCUACUCCUCAUCUUAUCUAG